GUAAAAGCACAGGUCAUCUUUUCAAUGGUCUCGAUGACAAAAUCUUUGAUGAAGUACUAUCCUGACAUUGAAGUCCUGACGGAGAAAAGCGUGACACACAAGGCUGUCCGGGAGCAAUGCUAUGUACCUCGUCGUCUCCUUCCCGUUUAGGAGCUUAUCUGAUUGCGGGGUUCGACCGAUAUCAACAGCUCCCUCGAGGACAAAAUAUAUACACUAUAUCUAGAAUCUCAUCUCUACUCAUAUGAGGUCCUCUUGAGAAUAUACAAGCUUUGAUCGGCCAUAAUUCAAGUACGGACGUACAGUACCUCCCUCGCUUUGCCAGUUCUCGUGCUGCCCCAUCUUUACGGCCCCCAAAACCCCCUUAUCAUCUCAGCCUCGUCCCGUCCUCCCAUGAUGGACAACACCGACCCAGACCACCGCAAAGCCAUCAUCGGCGACCCCAAAGGCUCAUUCUGGCUCUACGACUCAACAAAGGGCUUCGACCUCACUCACCCAGAAACACCAACCUCACCAUCGACAACGCCAAAUUACACCGUUAAAACCACGACGUUACCCAUAACCAUCGCCUCAACCAAAUCCGCCCUCGUCAUAAUCGACAUGCAAAACUUCUUCCUGUCGCCAAACCUCGGCCGUCCAAAGGAUUCAAAGGGCCUCGCUGCCCAGAAAGCACUCCUCGACCACGCCAUCCCUGCCGCCCGCAAAGCAGGAAUCCGCGUAAUCUGGCUAAACUGGGGUCUCACCGACGCCGAGGUCAAAGCCAUGCCGCCCUCGACUCUGCGGGCAUUUGGCUUCGAAACUGUUCUCGCUCCAGAGUUCGAAUCGUACAGCAAAAUCGAGCAGAAACAAGCGGCCAUCGACUCGCACGGCGUCAAUGAGGGUGCCGACAAGAUUGACCCGAAGAUCGAGACCUCGGGCAAGAAUCCCAGGAUUUAUAAGGGUCUAGGCAUCGAAAUCGGUCCUGUGACUCUCGACGACGACACGCAAGUCCAAGGAGGACGUCUUCUCAUGCGCGACAGUUGGAACGCCGAUGUCACGCCGGAAUUGCGAGCAGCUUAUGAAGAAGGCUUGAAAGCGAACCCGCCUGAUGUGUGGAUCCAUAAGAACCGGAUGUCUGGUCUUUGGGGUGAGAGUACCGAUUGCACUGAGUUUCUUGACAAAAAAGGCAUCACAACGCUGCUUUUCGCGGGUGUAAACACAGAUCAAUGUGUGGGAGGGAGUUUGCAGGAUGCAUUCUCGAAGGGUUACGACUGCAUUCUCUUGAGCGAUGGUGCCGCGACGACGUCGCCGGACAGCAGCCAGCAAAGCUAUGAAUUCAACGCUGCAAAGACGUUUGGGUUCUGUACGAGCUGCUCGAAAUUCGCGGAAGGUGUGGGUUUGUAAACAACAUCAGGCCAUCUCUAUCUACGAGUUUUUGGAAAGAGUGCAUGCAAUGUAAG